AUCGUUGUCUUCUGCGGAAGCAGCUCAAACAAUAUAGUUUGUCCAUAGCUAUUUUUUUAUUUUACAGUGUAUUUAAAGUACAUUAAUACGUCAACCUAUUUUAGGUAAACACACAUUAUGUCGUAUAGUAGCAAACAAAAAUACCAAUAAAAACCUCCCGUCCCUUUAGUUCUGCGCAGCUUCCUGCAGGACUGAAACUUUACUGAGACUGAAACCUGCAGAGUGACAUGGACAAAACAGAUUUGCCCCCGGGGGGUCCUGAUGAUUUGCCCCUGUCUCUGCUGGAGAUGGGCUGCUCGGGGAGAUUUGAGCUCAUCACACAGCCAUUGCCCAAAAACAGACCCCUGCCUCCACACAGCACGCUUCCCCAUGGGCUCCCUCCUACAUGUCUCGAUCUAAAAACAGAGGUAGAGAAGCGUUUUCUGCGAGACCCUGCUUGGCUCACUGUACACGAUGUAGACGAUGCUUUCCACAAGUUCCUUAAGAUAAGUACACGAGAGCGAGAGGUGGACUCUCUCCUGCACUGCUCACUGUCUCCACUGCACUCUGGUCUGUCUGUGGUCAGAGAUCCCACCACCGGCAUGCUGCUGGAUUUCACUGAGGUGUUAUUAGAGGACACAGGAUUGUCUGCCAAAAAUUCGCUCUCAUUACAAAGACAGCCUGGACCUCCGUCAGAGAGUCUGAGAGGGAGUAACACAAACUACCCAUUCCUGCCAGCGGGAAUGGAAGAACUGACGUUAGAGCAGAUUCAGAAAAAGUCUGAGCUGGAAGAAGACAUCGACUUCGAGAAAGAUUUGUUGACGGUUCCUCCUGGACUGAAGGCCGGCAUGGACUUCAGCGACAAAGAAGCCAAAACCACGAAGAGUGAGCUGAACCUGUUGUCACUACUGUCGACCUUUGAUGAUGUCAUCGACGCUCUGCCAGAGGAGAAAGAGGCAGUCUCCCGAAAAGAGGAGCCCGCCGUUAAACUUCCCAGAACGAACAGCCUGGAGGAUCUGGGAAUUAAAGAUUCGGCCAGCUCUGCUUCUCAGCCUUCAGCGAACACGGUGCGUCUGACUGAACAGAAGAAGAGAGCGCAGCAAGAAGACAAGGGAGACAAUAAAAAGUGGGCGGUUCCUGUGGACAUCAGCUCGCCCUGUGGUGACUUCUACAAGCGUGUCCCUGAUCCAGCCUUCAAGUAUCCCUUCGAGCUGGACGUGUUUCAGAAGCAGGCUAUUCUCCGACUCGAAGCUCAUGACUCGGUCUUUGUCGCGGCUCACACCUCGGCCGGCAAGACCGUGGUGGCUGAAUACGCCAUCGCACUUUCCCAGAAACACAUGACCAGGACCAUUUACACAUCCCCCAUCAAGGCCUUGUCCAAUCAGAAGUUCAGAGACUUCAAGACCACGUUCAGUGACGUGGGACUUUUGACUGGAGACGUCCAGCUGAGCCCUGAAUCCUCGUGUCUCAUCAUGACCACGGAGAUCUUGAGAUCCAUGCUCUAUAACGGCUCCGAGGUCAUUCGGGAUCUGGAAUGGGUCAUUUUUGAUGAGGUUCACUACAUCAAUGAUGCAGAGAGGGGAGUGGUGUGGGAGGAAGUGCUCAUCAUGUUGCCGGAGCAUGUUAGCAUCAUCCUGCUGAGCGCCACGGUGCCAAACGCAGUGGAGUUCAGUGAAUGGAUCGGGCGUAUCAAGAAGCGUCCCAUCUAUGUGAUCAGCACAGUUAAGAGGCCGGUUCCUCUCGAGCACUAUCUCUACACCGGCAACAGCACCAAGACUCAGAAAGAGCUCUUCCUGUUGCUGGACGCCUCUGGAAACUUCCUUACUAAAGGCUACUAUGCCGCAGUAGACGCCAAGAAGGAACGCACUAGUAAACACGCUCAGUCUUUCGGCACAAAGAACGUGUCACAGCACAACACAACAGCCAGUCAGGACCGAGCCGUGUGGCAGACGCUGCUGAACUAUCUGUCUCAGAGGCAGCAGACUCCAGUGGUGGCCUUCACCUUCUCUCGGACACGCUGUGAUGAAAACGCCCGCUCUUUGACCUCGCUGGACCUCACCAGCUCCAUAGAGAAGAGCGAGAUUCACUCCUUCCUCCAGAAGAGCCUGACCAGGCUGAGAGGAGGCGACCGGCAGCUACCGCAGAUCCUGUCGAUGCGUGAUUUGCUGAAGAGAGGGAUUGGUGUUCACCACAGCGGCAUCCUGCCGAUCCUGAAGGAGAUUAUUGAGAUGCUCUUCUCCAGAGGUUUAGUAAAGGUGCUGUUUGCUACAGAGACGUUUGCCAUGGGUGUGAACAUGCCUGCCAGAACCGUGGUGUUCGACAGCAUCCGCAAACACGACGGCACCGGGUUCAGAAACCUGCUGCCCGGCGAGUACAUUCAGAUGGCGGGUCGUGCAGGCAGAAGAGGUUUGGAUGCUACAGGGACGGUUAUCAUCCUCUGUAAGGCGGGAGUUCAUGAAAUGGGAGACCUCCACGCCAUGAUGCUGGGGAAGCCGACAGUGCUGCAGUCUCAGUUCAGACUGACCUACACCAUGAUCCUGAAUCUGCUGCGUGUGGAGGCCCUGAGGGUCACCGACAUGAUGAAGAGGAGCUUCUCGGAGAACCACAGGGACACGCAGGCUCAUGAGAAGAGAAUAAGUGAGCUGAGAAACACGCUGUCCUCUCUCCCUCCGCUGGACACGGAGGGGCAGCUGUCUGAUAUACUGUCAUAUUACCACACCAUCACAGAGCUGCGCAUCACCACCGAGACCCUGCAGAGAGCUGUUCUGGAGUCAGUGAAUGGACUGAAAGCUCUGUGUGUGGGGAGGGUGGUGAUGGUGAACAGCUGCCAGCAUCACAACGCCCUGGGAGUCAUUCUACAGGUGUCCAACGAUGCAGUAAAUCGCAUGUUCACCGCUCUCAUUAUCUGUGAGAAGGGCAAUGAGGAGGCGGCGGGUGAUGAUCAGUCUAAUAAAGCCUUCCAUCACAUCUACAGCACUACACUGUUUAUUCCAGAGGGACCCUGCAGUCACACGGUGCAGAAACUGAAGCUGCAGGACAUCUCUGCCAUCACAACCAAAACCCUCAAAGUCAUCCCAGAGAGAAUCAUUGACAACUUUAAUAAAAGACAGCAGCCACGCUUCAGACUUGAUCCACCAGGUCAGGCUAUUUCUACAGCAACUCAGGAGCUCCUGCGAUUGGCUGAGGCCAAUCCCAAUGGCAUCACGACCCUUGACCCUGUGAAUGACCUGCACCUGAAGGCUGUGGAUGUGGUGGAGGCGGUGAUGAGGCACCGAGUGUUACAGGACUGUCUGAAAGACUUCCACUGCAUCCACUCGCCCACCUUCACUGAACAGUUUGCACGUGUGCAGGAGAGGAUGAGUGUACAGGAAGAGCUCGACAAGCUUCUGUUCCUGGUGUCUGAUCAGUCACUGACACUGCUGCCUGAGUACCAUCAGAGAAUCAAGGUGCUGGAAGCGCUGCAGUAUGUGGACAGCACUGGGGCGGUUCAGCUGAAGGGUCGUGUGGCGUGUCAGAUCAGCAGUCAUGAGCUGCUCCUGACCGAACUCCUGUUUGAGAACACACUGAGUCCUCUCGCCCCCGAGGAGAGCGCCGCCCUGCUGUCCUGCCUCAUCUUCACACAAAACACCCAGAUAGACCCGCACGUCACCAGCACGCUACAGGAGGGCAUUAUUCAAGUACUCAGUGUGGCACAGCGUAUUGGUGAGCUGCAGAGGGAUUAUGGGAUAGCUCAGACUGCUGAAGACUUUGUGGCCCAGUUCAAGUUCGGCCUGACUGAGGUUGUGUACUGCUGGGCAAGAGGCAUGCCGUUUGCUGAGAUUGCCCAGCUGACGGAUGUGCAGGAAGGGACGAUCGUGCGCUGCAUCCAGAGGCUGGACGAGGUCCUGAAGGAAGUGAGACAUGCUGCACGAAUUGUGGGCGACUCCGUCCUGGGCAGCAAGAUGGAAAGAGCCUCCCUGGCCAUACGCAGAGACAUUGUGUUCACCGCCUCGCUCUACACACACUGAGAGAGAGAGAGAGACAGAGAGCAAGGGCUCGGUGUGUUUGCAUGUUGAGUGGGAUAUAAAAUAGAGCGUGCAGAAUAUGGACCUGACUAUGUGUAACUGAGUGCAUGUUUACAUUAAGUUGAGUAUGAAUGUGUGAGUGAAGGAGCCUCACCCCUGACCAAAAUCCUGAUCUCAGUAUGACAUGGAGAUUGACAUCAGUCAUGAACUGUAAUUAAAUGUACAGCAAUAAAAUGAGCUGUAUGUGGAAA